AGGAUCCCUGGUUUGCAAGGUCAUGUGGUGAACAAAGAACUCAAGUGGGAGGUUGUGAUUUGAGAAGGCCUUUUGCAUCAUCUUUGUUGGACCCACUAAUGAGAGAGUCCACUCAAACUCACAACACUCGCUCGCGUCUCUCUCUUCUAGUCACCCCUUGAGGUACACUUCUUCUUUGGAUUAUUGUUUAUUUUGGAUGUCGCACAUGACUGUGAAGGAGUGACAGAGGGAUCUACAAAAAGAAUCGUCUUGGCUCCAUCUUUAUUGACACUUUUUAAAAGGUGCACUUACCCUUCACCUUACCUGUGUGGAAUUUUCACAUGGGAUAAUGCCUUCAUGCUGGAGUAGAAGAUCCUGGCUUCCAGCUUUGUUUGCUGCCACCCUGGUACUUGUUCCUCUUGCUCAUGCUGGAUCCAGCCAGGACCGAAGGCUGGCAGGGUCGUCCUCGUGCUAUGGAGGCUUUGACCUUUACUUUGUCUUGGACAAAUCUGGGAGUGUGAUGGACCACUGGACUGAAAUCUACCGUUUUGUUGAGCACUUAGCUCAUAAAUUUAUAAGUCCACAAUUAAGGAUGUCAUUUAUCGUGUUCUCCACCGAAGGGAAGAUUUUGAUGAGCCUAACAGAGGACAGAGAACGCAUCCGAAAAGGUCUGGAGGAGCUGCAGGGGGUUCAUCCAGGAGGAGACACCUUCAUGCACGAGGGCAUCCAGAGGGCCAGUGAGCAGAUAUACUAUGGAAACACAGAAGGUUAUCGCACUGCCAGUGUUAUUAUAGCUCUGACAGAUGGAGAGCUGCAUGAGGAUCUCUUCUACUAUGCCGAGAGAGAGGCCAACCGCUCCCGGAGCCUGGGGGCCACCGUUUACUGUGUGGGGGUGAAGGACUUCAAUGAGACUCAGCUGGCGAAGAUUGCUGACAGCAAGGACCACGUAUUCCCUGUCAAUGAUGAAUUUGAGGCUUUGCAAGGGGUCAUUGAUUCUAUCCUGAAAAAGUCUUGCAUUGAGAUUCUGGCAGCUGAGCCCUCCAGUAUCUGCGCAGGAGAGUCUUUCCAGGUUGUAGUGAGAGGAAAUGGAUUCCUCCACGCUCGCAAUGUUGAUAAGGUCCUGUGCAGCUUCCGCAUUAACGACACACUUAUUAAAAUGGUGAAACCUUUGAUAGUGGAGGAUACAUAUCUUCUCUGCCAGGCACCUGUGCUUCAGGAUGAGGGAAUGGCAGCAAAUCUUUAUGUCAGUAUGAACGAAGGUCUCAGUUUCAUCUCCAGUUCGGUCACCAUUACAACUGUGAGCUGUUCUGAUGGGACCAUUUUGGCCAUCACUCUGCUCAUCCUCAUGCUGCUCCUCAUCUUGGCUCUCCUGUGGUGGUUCUGGCCCCUCUGCUGCACUGUGAUCAUCCACGAGCCGCCGCCACCUACUGCGGAGGAGAGCUCGGACGAUGAGGACGAUGACAUGCCAAAGAAGAAAUGGCCCACAGUAGACGCUUCCUACUAUGGAGGGCGGGGAGUUGGGGGAAUCAAGAGGAUGGAGGUUCGCUGGGGUGAGAAAGGCUCCACUGAAGAAGGAGCAAAGCUGGAGAAGGCCAAAAAUGCCAAAGUGAAGAUGCCUGAGCAGGAGUUUGUGCAGUCCCCCAUGCGUGUUCUCAACAAUGGCAUGCAAAAACCUUUAGGGCCCCACAAGUGGUACUCUCCUAUCCAGAACAAGCUGGAUGCAUUGUGGGCCUUUUUAAGAAAAGGCUACAACCGCGUGUCUGUUAUGAGACCUCACCCAGGUGACAAGGUAAGAAUACCACAAAACUGCAGAUAAAGACAAUGAGUGUGAGUGAUUAAUCCUACUAAUUUACUGCUGACAUGGACCUGAGCAUGUCGAACAAGGACACCCUUUUAUACCACUAACUGUAGAGAAAGUAGUGGAGCUGGGAGCACUGUUGAGCAACUUUAUUUAGCCAAAAAUGGGUAUUUUACCAAAGAAAAAUCUCACGGCACACCACCGAGCAAAAACUGUUACUAAAAGUAUGAAUACUGAAAUAAUGAUGAUCUCGUCUGGUUUUACUUGCAAUUUCCCCCGUGUGAAACUUGGGUCUGUUUAAUUGCACACAAAGUUUUACACUCUUCUCUCGUAUGAAUGGCAUCAGGUGGAUACACAGAUUUAGUGUACCCUCUGACAUCGAAUGGAAGAGCAUUUACUUGUUCUCGAUAUAUCUAAUUUACAAAUAAUAAUUUUUGGACAAAUUAAGUGAAAUUUAACAAUUUCCUGCAUGCGGCAUCCCUGAUCAUCUCUCACGGGCACACUAGGUAGCCAUGGCACCCUGAUGGAGAAUCACAGAUGUUGAGGACGAGUUCUCAAACAUUAUGUCCAGGGACCCUUAGACCCCCUCGUAAUCCCAACGCCAAUUGAACGCCACAUUACCAAGUGCCUCUAAAUGCCAUGGGAACGAAAACGUUCCCUAUUUUUGAGAAAAAAAGUUAUGAAGUUACGAUAAGAAAUUCAUGUCUCAAAAAAACUUUAGAAUCUUAUGACAAUAAAAAAAAAUUUUUUGCAUAUAAAGUCAUAAUCCUAGGAGAAUAAAGUCACAUUUGUACAAGAUAAAGCAUUAUAUUACAAUACUAAAGUCAACGUUUAACGAGGGAAUAUUCUUUACAUAUGCAUCUCAAAAAUACAACUUUAUUGAUAUAAUGUAAUGGCUUUUAUUUCGUUAAAGACACCUUUAUUCUCCAAAAAUAGGCUUGUAUUCUCAAAAUGUUUUGUUAUAAAGCAGCAAUGUCAUAUUUAUCUGAUGAUACUGUACGUCGCGAUCAUCAGAGCUUCUUAUUGACCCAAAGCUGAAGUAGGGAGGCGUAAUGGGUUUAUUGCUUGUUUUAUUGGGGCCCCUGUCCUCAUAUGUAGCUAUGCACCUUUUUAAAUGAUGCAACAUGAUAAUUCAAUAUCAAUAAUUACAAAUGAUUUUGCGGACCGCUGGGGGACUGGUAACCGCAGUUUGAGAACCACUGCUGUAGCGGGCCUCAUGGGCGAACUGGUGGUAAAUUGCGAGUUAACCUUCAUUGAAGUCUGGCUGCAAUACCAAUUCACGCGGGGAAAAGACGUCUGCUGAAGUCAUCAUAGGGGGAAAAGCCAAAUGCUAUUUCUCAGUGGCCAGCUGUGGAGUCACGGCGAUAACAGCUAGUGCACUUUACUGUUGGCAUCGACCAUGCAGUCUUGAGUGGGAUUGGCACAAAUGAACAAAAUUACAACAUGAAUGGCAUUCAACAUCCGUUAAGGUUAAACUGUUAAGAAAGAGAAGGGAAAUAAAUGUAGUUUGUAUGUAGUGCCGUACUAGUGUUUGUCUACGAAACUGAUUGUUGUAUUCUUCUCACUCUCCAAGACUGCAUAUUUACUGCCAACAGUAAAAUGCAAUGUUAACCCCCCCCCCAACCCCCUGCACAACUGUCUAUUGAGAAAUAACAUUUGGCUUUGUCCUGUGAUGACUUCAGCAGAAAUCUUUUUACUGCAUCAAUUCGGACUGUGGUCAGACUUCAGAAAAGCUCACAAACCUUCAUAAAAUCACUUCACUUAUUUUUUGAUUUGCACCAACAUUUUGGCACAUUGGCCAUCUCCUCACAGAG